UUGAUGCCCUUUACUCUGGCGAAACUAUCCACCAAUUGAAUUUCAAGGAACGUCUAGCCAGCGAAGUGGCCCAUUUUCAGCUUUGUGAGCACCUUAUUGGUGAACUGGAGGCUGUACACUUCUCAGGCCUUCUUCCCGAAUCUUGGCGUCGGAUCGAAAAGACCUUGGUGGACGCCGAGAACUUCCAACCCUUCGAAUCCCCUCCUGUCCACCGUAAAGCCCGACGAACUCGACGCCGAUUAAAUAGUUACCGGCAGCGGUCACUAUCUGUUGAAUUUGAUGUAUCGACUCACGAAAAUGGAGCCUCUCCACAUCCGACGCACCAGAAGUCACGUCGUCUUUCCCUGCACACUCCUGUCACCAUGGAUGAUCUGUCUUCGUCGUCUUCCUCGGCGAGAACUCUUCUCCCAAACAAUCCCAUCGACCCUAAUCUUGUGCCGAGCCAGGCUGCUCAAGCCGCCACGGGCCUCCUUUGCUGCUGUGUUGAUCGUCAGCAACGACAACAACAACAACCAACAUCUUCACGGUCCGGUCUAGCUGGCACUCUGCGCUUUCGACGUCUGCAGGAGAUCUGCGCCAGCCUCUCUGACCUCGACUGGGUGGACGCGCAGGCUGCAGCCACCUUG